AAUCAAAAUGGCGGAGGAAGGCGUAAUCAAAACUGAUCCACUCUCCGAAGAAAUAAAACCCAUUAAAAAUGCCUCAGCUUUAGUUGUCGAUGAAACUGCUAAACAAGAUAGAAUACAGAGACCGAAAAAGACGCAUCUGCUGCAAUGGAUGGAAAUCACAGUGACAGAACCAGAAAAAAAGACCAUUGCAUCAAUGAAGAUGCAGGAUACUUUUGUUGUAUACCUUAUAGAAACAAGGGUCACAGAUGAAAAUAUGCAGGGUUAUGGAGAAGGCGCCACAUCUGCAUGGAGACGAUACAGUGAGUUUGAGCUACUGCGUAACUACCUGGACGUGACAUUCCCAGCUGUCAUUGUUCCACCUCUACCUGAGAAAAAGGCUUCCUAUGCCUGGCAAAAUGUCUCAAUGGACCGGUUUGAUCCAGACUUUAUUGAAAGACGAAGAGCUGGCCUAGAGAUCUUUCUUUUGAGGUGUGCUGCUCAUCCAAAAUUAUGUCAAGAUAAAAUUUUCAUUGGGUUUCUACAGCAGGAACAAGGAUGGAGAGAUACAGUAAAUGCCACAGAUUUUUAUAGUAAGGCAGAAUCUAGGCUGAAAUCUUUGAAUGCACAAUUUCGUUUGAAGAAAUCAGACAGACGCUUUGAAGAAUUGAAAAAUUACUGUACAGAACUACAAAGCAACAUUGGAAAUAUUCUUAAAAUCCGUGCAAGACUCUGUGAUAAGCUGUAUGGGAUCCACAAAGUCCAUGGUAACUACGCCAGGGUGUUCAAUGAGUGGAGCACCAUAGAGAAAGAGAUAGCAGAACAUUUACAGAGUGCCAGCCACUACAUGGAUGUGUUUGCUUCAACCAUUGAUUCUCAGCUAGAGGAGGAAGAACAGUAUGCUGACCAACUGAAGGAAUAUUAUGCUUUUGGGGAUUCUGUCCGUGCUGUGUGUAGGAGGUAUGAAAGUGCUCAGUAUGACCUAGAAAAAGCUGAAGAGAACCUGAUGAUGAAAUCAAGCCAAAAGGAGACCUUGAAACAGCUGAUGGCAGAGAGCCCUGUGUCGGAAGAGGCCAACAACCAAGCCAAAAGUGGGUUUUCCCUGAGUGGAAUGAAGAGUAAAAUCUUUGGCAGUGAAACACCAGAACAGAGAGAGGUCAAACUCAAACAACUGGAGGAACAAAUUAUCUCGGCUGAGAUGGAGCUGAAGAAAGUUCAGGAAGAAUCCGAGUUAUUUAUAGAACAAGCCCUCCGUGAUAUAGACAGGUUCCAGAGACAAAAGACUAAAGAUCUGCAGGAGAUAUUCACUAACUAUGCUGUCAUGCAGAUUAAACAGUGCAAGAAGGGUAUAGCCAUUUGGACCAGUGCAAAAGACUGCUUCAGUAAAAUGUAGUGAGAUAAUAGAUUUAUCUUUUUCUAUCAUUUCUACAACUGCCAUUUGCUGAAAGACUCCAGUUCUGCUUGGAUAUUUAUGGUGUACAUACCCAUGUGGUUAUUCUCAUACUGUGUAAUAGUUCUGGCAUAAUUCCAAGAAUGUUCAACAAUCCUGGCAUCAUUCCAAGAGUGUUCAGCAGAUAAAAUGUUCUGAAAUAUUCCAUUAAUUUUUUUUAUAUUUAUCACACUGUCCAACAUUUUUCUUGUCAUAGGGUUACUGUCAAGGCCUGGUUGAUUUCAAGGCCUGAUUGAUACAGGCCUUCAGAGAUACAGUUUGGAUGGGUAGUGUAGACACAAUUUAGUGGAAACUGUUACAGGCCUAUAGCGAAGUUCAGCUGUUUACUUGCAUGUUUGACAUGUAGUGUAGACACAAUUUAGUAGAAACUGUUACAGGCCUUUAGCUAAGUUUAGCUGUUUACCUGUAUGUUGGAUAUGUAGUGUAAAACACUAGUCAGCUGAAACUGUUAAGGCCUUUAGCUAAGUCCAGCUGUUUACUUGCAUGUUGGAUAUGUAGUGUAAAACACUACUCAGCUGAAACUGUUAAGCCCUUUAGCUAAGUCCAGCUGUUUACCUGUGGGUAUGAUAUCAACUGUUGACACACCAUUUAGUUUCAGCUAAGUCAGGCUAAAGAUUUUUUUGCCUGUCGUUGUGACAAGUAGUCUAGGUACAGGUGAAUAAAUUUGGUUAAAAGUGAAAAUGUUGACCUGUGUUUGCUUGUCAGGAACAUAUAUAAAACUUAAAGUGCAAUAUUUUACUGAAUACAACUAGUCUCUUUAACUGGGUUGUUUUAAAAUUGCAGUCAAAAAUUUUAAAAUUUUCCAGUUUGUUUUAUAAAGUUAGGUCUACAUGCUAAAAAAAAGCCUUGAUGCAAUGUUUAUUAUUUUUUUCUAAUUGUUUGUAAAAGUUGUCAAUUUAGUGAGACUAGCCAGACACCUUAUUUGUACAUACCUAGCUGGAUAACUUAUGUGUAUAUAUCCACUGUUUAUUAGAUUUCACAUGGUUUCAGUUUUGUGAUACCUAUAGUGCUUACAUUAAUUCAUGCAGAUAAAUUGUGAAGAUUUAUGAACACUUCAUUUGGAGACAUCUGUUUUUCCUUUUAAGUAUUACAAUCCAUCUAUGAGAUAAAUUGUAUGUAAUGUGAUAUUAUUAUUGCUUUAUAAAUCACAGAUAAGUGCUGCAAUUAUAGAUUACAGAUUUAAUUUUAAGUUUAUCAAUAUUGUAAUGAGAUUAAGUAUUUAAAUGGGAGAUACUUGUUAAAUGGGAGAUAAUUGUUUUAUUAAUUGACAAAAGAUGGGAUGAUAUGGUUAAGUGGUAGAGUGUGUAUGCACAGGGCAGAACAUGCAUGUCCACUUAGCUCUAACAGAUGGCUGACCCAGGUCUAGGAAACUAGAGCCAGUUUUGCAUCUGUCUGACCACAUAUUCCUUUUUCCAGCUAGCUGGAAGAGAUGUCUAAACCAGAUCUACAAUAUGAAAAUUUAGUCUUGAAAAAAUCCAAUUAUUGCCAAAGACAAUUAAAUAUAAAAAAAAACAGCAAAUAAGAUUUAUUUUGAAAUCUAGUUUAAUUUAUAUUAACACUACUUAACAACAAAUAAUACAUUUCAUGGUGUAUGAAGGGAAAUUAUUUAAUGCAUGUAUAAUCUUGUGAGAAAAUUUUGUAACUUUGUUAAUUUGGAAUUUAGUCCAAUGUUGUCAUUUCAAAUGUAUCUACUUAAAUUGUUGGUUUACUGUAUUAACAGUGGUUUUCUUUUUAAGUGUAAGUCAGAAAAUUAGUUCUCACUUUUGCAAAAUUUGACGUCCUUAUGGAACAGCUUAAUAGUCUCGUUGAUAUCAUAAAACUAAUAAAAUCACAGCUACGAGUAUCUGGGAUGUGUGGUUUAAAUUUGAACUUAAUGAGAAAGAUUUAUUUUUAAUGUUUAAAAAAUUCCUCAAUGUAAAUAGUAAUGUUUUCACUAUGUGAUUUUGUUGUACUCUUCAUUGACUGGUAAUUUAAAUCACUUAAUUAAAUUAAAUUAAAGAAUUACUAGAACAACAUCAUAGUUUUAGUUAGUUGUGAUGUUUCAUUCUGUCUUAAAGAUUUUUUCAACACUUUAUUUUUAAUAUAGAUGUCCAUCCGAUUGUACAAUUUUUAAUGUAUACAGAUUUAUUGUACUAAUAUGGAGGAAGAUAUUAUUUUAUUGUAUAACUAUGUGUGAAAGAAAAUGGUUUUAUUGUGCAAGAAGGGAAGGAUGUGCUGUUUGUGAAGGUAGAAAUGAUUUUUAUUAUAUAACAGUUAAAAGAAAAUUAUUAUGUUUUGUUCUUUAAGUUAUGUCUGUUGGUCCAUUGAGUUCUUUGUCUAGGACAGUGGUUCUUAACCAGGGUUCGAUCAAACCCCUGGGGUUCAGUGAGUCAGCCUCAGGGGUUCAGCGGAGUUCAAGUCACACACCUGAGUCAUAUAAUUCACGAUCGGAUUUUCUCGGUGUGGAUGAUAGAACUAUUGAAAGUGCUUGGUGAAUGCACAUGGGAAACUGUUAGGGCUCUGUACCUCCAAAAAGGUUAAGAACUACUGGUCUAGGAACUAUAUUCAUCUACAUGUUGGAGAAGUAGAUGUAAUUUCUUGUAUAUUUUUAUGAUAUUAGUUAUCACAUGUACCUGUUGUCUAUCAAUUAAUGGUAGUAGCUCACACUUCUAUAUUUGUUGAUUAUGAGUGGAUAAUGUUUUUUGGUUUUCUCUGUGUGGUGAACAUUUUGAAUGCUAGAUUUAGCUAGUGGUAAUUUAAUGGUCCUUUUAUCUGUAAGUUCUUUUUUUUUUCAAUGUUCCCAUUUAAUCUUCGGUUAAUUAAGUUUUAUUAGUUGUAAUGCAGCAAAACAUUGCCAUGAUAAUGUCAUAGUUUGAUUCUUGAUACUUCUGAUGUAGUCCACAGCUACAUUUAUAUUGACUGAGUUAUAUAGAAACAGUUAAUUGUAGUUUUCCAUUGUAUAAUUCUUAACUUGGCCAAAAUCUUUUUUUUUCUUGAUAGAUUAAAUGCCUCUGGUUUUCCCACAGGACCUUAUAAAAAAACAUAUUUUUAAUUUGUGGGGCAGCGUUGUCAAAUGGUAGAUCAUACAAUGGCUACGCCUAAAGUCUUUGAGUUCAAAUCCGGAUUCAAGUCUGUAUAAUGUCCUAAAUGCACCCAGCUUUGUGUGUAUCUGACUCACAUUAGGGAAAGCAAAGGUGGCUGUGCAUAAUGCUGACCACACCUUCACCUAUUAUGUCGAGGUCAUAGAAACAUGUGAAUUCUACUUCACUUGAUGCAAAGAUCCUUCUGCAAUGUGCUCAAAGCAUACAAAAUAGACCCAUUUAAAAUUUUUACUUAAAAAUUUAAGUUUUUGUUUUAAAAAUCAUUUUGGUUGUAAGACUAGUUUGAAGUUGAGUGAAUAGGUAUGAGUGAUGUGCCUUAUUUAUUUACCUUGAGAGUAGCGUAGUCUUGGCAUAGCUGGGUGACUGAUUGAUGUAGGUGUCACUGUUUCUUUGUUGUGAGAAUAGCUCAAGUUUAUUACAUGGUAGACAAUUUUAAAUGUAAGGGUUUUUCUAAAGAGUACCAUAAAGAUUUUAAAUCUAUUUCGAUGUGUUUGUUUUUAUCUAGACAUGUAUAUUUUGUAUUUAUUUGGAACUCUUUUUUUUCAUUCAUUUACAUCAGUUAUUUUCUUUUAUUGAAAAUUAUAAUAAUAUCAUUUCAUAUUUAGAUUUAAUUAAACCUUAAAAUCUAAUUAGGUGGUAUCUUUUUAAUGAAAAUAAAAUUUAAUUAUAAAUGUUAUUUAUAGGUUAUCUAGUUGUAUUGAAUAGCUAAAAUUUUGUUGCAAAGCCUUAGAUAAUUUUCAUUUGUAAAAUUUUGGAUAAGAAAAAAAGUUUUACUGAUGUGUGUUGAUUGAAAGCAAUCAAGGAAUCUCCCCUUACCUUAUUUUAUCAGUAUGUUUAUCAGUAUGCAUUUUAUCAGUCUCAAGUGUUAGGAUCUAUGGUGGAUCAGUAUGUUCUAGUCCCAUAUCUUGUGUGCUCACCUUCUUAUGAUUGUUCUAGCCAUUUAUUUGAUUUAUUCCUUCACCAAGAUGUUUAUGAUUUUUCUUAGGCUUGGUUUAAUGUAAAGGUGAAUAAACCAAGAUGUUUUG